AUUUCUGUGACCUCUGUCUCGGCAUCCUAAUAAACGUGGAUUCAAAUUUUCGGAUUCGCUGGCUCAUUCGGACACGCCCAAAGCCCCAAACAGACACAAACAGCAGGCGUCGCUCCGUGCCGAAGCAGGCAGGCAGCCAGAAAUGGCUCCCGAAAUUCCAUAGCACGACGAGAGCGGCACUACUUCUCUCCACUAAUUCCGCCUUUCCUUCCUUGUUUUGGAUCUCCGUUCUUUCCACAAUCUUUCUCCUCUAUAGAUUCGCUUCCUUUUUUUUUCCCCUAGCGAGCGCAGCUCUGCUAACUCCGAAAAUCCUCUUACUUUUCGCUCCCAUUGUCCGCCUUAAUUAUCCAACCGUCUUUUCCAAGCGUAAUCCUUGUUUCCGCUCUGAUCUUUUGUCCAGUUCUCCUGCUCGAUUGCUGCUGGAGAAUCAAAGAGAGUUCGUAAUCGCGGUGAUUUCGUCGGCGCGGUGAGCUGGUGCUUGUUCUUCCCGUGCGAUUCAAUGCCUGAGUUGAUUUCUGCCAUCACAGAUUCUGAUCCUGCUUGAUUCCUCACUCUGUGCAGUAGUAGUUGGCUCACUCGUUGGCCGAUAGCGGAGGCGUGUUUGGCUGUUCCGUCGAUUUGAGCUGGUGCCGCGGUGCUGGAAAGGGAGAGAGAUAGGAUCAGAGCUCGGAGCUGGAGAAUGGAGGAUAGAGGAGGGUCCUUUGUCGCUGUCAGAAGGAUAUCUCAAGGUCUGGACCGAGGCAACAGCGACUGCCAUUCAAGUUCUGCCGAGGUUGUAGCAGGGUCUGCUGCAUGGCUUGGUCGUGGCCUUUCUUGCGUUUGUGCUCAAAGAAGAGAGAGUGAUUCCCGUCCCUCAUUUGAUUUAACCCCUGCCCAGGAAGAUUGCUUGCAGCAAUUACAGAGUCGUAUAGAUGUUCCAUAUGAUAGUUCAGUCCCUGAGCAUCAGGAAGCUCUGAGGGCAUUAUGGAAUGCUGCUUUCCCUGAAGAUGAGCUAUGUGGUUUGAUAUCUGAGCAAUGGAAGGAGAUGGGUUGGCAAGGGAAGGAUCCGUCCACAGAUUUUAGGGGUGGUGGUUUCAUAUCAUUGGAGAACUUGGUAUACUUUGCUCGGAAUUUCCCGCAAUCAUUCCAGGAUCUUCUUCAAAAGCGGGAAGGUGAUCGUUCAGUUUGGGAAUACCCAUUUGCUGUAGCUGGUGUGAAUAUCACAUUCAUGCUAAUUCAGAUGCUCGAUCUGGAAGCAGUCAAACCACGGAGUUUGGUAGGAGCAACAUUCCUGAAGUUCCUCACUGAAAAUGAGUCAGCGUUUGAUCUCCUUUACUGCAUGACAUUCAAGCUAAUGGAUCAGCAAUGGCUUACCAUGCGUGCAUCAUACAUGGACUUCAAUGCUGUUAUGAAAUCUACGCGAAGGCAACUGGAAAGGGAACUUUUGGCAGAAGACAUAACACGGCUAGAAGAAAUACCCUCGUACAGCCUUCUUAAACGGUAGUAUAUGAUAUGAUGAGAUUUGCGGCGAGUUAACUAAUUUCCUGUAAACAGCAUGAUGUUAGCCCGACAUUGGGCAUUCAUUGUGUCCUUUUAUUUUCUUGUGAUGGCUCCACUAUCUUCUCCUGGUUUCUUGUAACCAGACGAAAGUUAUACCCGAAAUAUGGUGAGUUUGCUGAAUAUAACUCAGAGACCCUCUGUUGUGUCAGGGUGAGUGUGAGACCGGAAUGAGGUCUAAGUGAGUUUUAAUACAGAAAUGUGGCGGUCGGUGUCUUGUUCUUCCAGUCUAGUGAUAUGCGGCGCCAGUGAUAUGUUGCUUGUUGUUCCCUUAUAGGAAGGUAUGUCUAACUCUAACGUGGGUUUCUUACCAGGAUGA